CGCUAAGCAGCAGCGGAUUCAUUUUUCUUCGUCUGAGAACAAGCACUUUCACUCCGUCGGACGCCGUCCACCGUUGUCAACCCGGCGCGCGGUUGUUCUCGGGCAAGUAGUGAAGAAAAUUCGAACUCUAGGGCCUUCCAUGAAUCCCAUUUUCAGAUAUUAAUCAAGAUUUCAGAUAUUAGGAGGUUGAUGAGUAAAUUAGCAAAUGAAGUCCUUGUGCAGUCAUCCAUAACUCUUCACUUGCAUUGCAGCCCAAUAUCAGUUCCUGCUUCCAUUGAAGUUCCAAAAGGAAAUAUUAUAUAGAAAUGGACGAGAACAUGCAGCAGUUCCAGAAAAAGUUAACAGAGCUGGAAGUCGAAGCCGAACAUCUUCUCUUAGCCCGGAACCAGUUGGUUGAGAACGAUAAGCUGAGAAAUGGAAACAGGGAAGCACUCACUGCCUUAAGGAGAAGGGCCAAGACAACAAAGAGUAGCAUCCCAUCUGCUUUUGAUUCAAUAAUGAAGGAAGUGAUGGGAACUACUUCAAGACCUUUGGUGCGAGAGGUGUGUACCACUUGUGGCAACCAUGACUAUGGUGAACAGACUUGGAUGAUGUUUCCAGGAACUGAUAUCUUUGCAAGUAUUCCAUUUCAUGCUGCUCAUACCAUUAUAGAAACAGAUCGAGCAAAACUUGACUUUGAGGCCAAGAGACUUCAAAGCCUUGUGAAAGAGAAAUCUUAUCUGAUUUCUGAGACUGGUGCCAUUGCUGAUAAGAUUAGUCCUGGUGUUCUCAAAUCUCUUGUAACCUUAAGUGACAAACCAAAGUGAGGUGUUUGAGAUGAUAAAACUAACCUCCAAAUGUUUUAGACUGCUUGAUGUGUUGCAUGGAAAUUAGGGGGGUUGGACAGAGUUUGCUGUGUAUUUUAUAUUUAAACUCAAACUAGAUAUGGAUAGUAAUUUGAACA